AUGAUUUUAACAGCAAAAAAUGAAAAAUUUAAAGUGGAAAUUGAGUUGGAAAGAAAAAAUAAUUCAAAAAAUUCGAAAAUAAAUUUUCAUCAAUGGAUGGUUUUGAGGAUAAAUAAAAUUGAUUUUGAGGAAGAUGAGGGGAUUUGGAAGUGUCAGAUAUUUGUGAAUGAUGAGAGGAAUAAUGGGAAGUUGAAAUUGGAGGGGGAAAGUAGAAAGAGAAUUGCAGCAGACAACAUCAUGACAACACACUCCAAAUCAAGCGAAUUUCGAAGAAGGGGGAGACGAACACAACAGAACGACUUGAAUGAAGCAUCUUGGUAUUUGAAGCAAUCCGAGGAAGAAGCAUCGAACGGAGAGAGGACAUUUGGGUAGGCACUAAGAAAUAAAUUAGAAAAUUUCAGAAAUUU